AAAUGCUGUAUGAGUACACACCUAAGCACUAUCAUGCAGUAUUUACAGCAUGUUAUUUGAACAUUCUGAUACAUCUGCCUGUUGUAAUGUUCUCAAACUGGGUUGUUGAUGCGGUACCAACUGUAACAGGAAAAAGCACAUGAGUUGUAAAUCACACCCAACACCAUAUAUUGAUCUGGAGCACUGGUGAGUUCAGUGCAGAGUCCUGCCUGCUUUUUGGUUGAUGAGCCUGUCCUGGUCUCAAUGAUAUAUUUAUGUAUUUAACCCUUUUCUGUCUCUUCACUUUUCCUGUCUUCUCAUGGUCUAUAUGUGUGUUUGUUUGGGUCGAAAGAGAGCUUGAGACAGAACGGAGGAAAAAUCGUGUGCAGCUAUGAAAGUGAUGAUAACGUGGUUUGGUUGAUGCCUCAGAUUCAGUAGAAUGGCACUGUGUACAUAGACAAACUCACUGUCAGAUCUGUGCAGCAGCAGUGUGUGGGACAGAGGGGGUUGUCUGUGGGAGGUGGGGUCUGUCCCAUGUGUCGACUGUCUGAUGGAAAGAAGAGGGGCACAGCACAGUGAGUAUGAAAGGACAUAGAGUGCUACGCAGAGAGACUGCAGGCAUGCAGCAGUACGGCGCAGCAUAUGUGUUUAGAGAGGCUGGAGCAGCAUGGACUACAGCUGAGGUGUGUUGAAAAUGAGUUCCCCGAGCCCAGAGGUUAGAGAGCUGUCAAACAUGAGAAAGGACUAUGCUCCUUAAAACUUACAGCAUGUGACUUUGCAGUGAAGUUUGCAGACCAUCAGUAUGCUCUUUUUAUGGAAUCUUUAUGUUCUCCUCCCCCUUUCCUUGCCUCUCUCCAUUAACGUCUUGGCAUUAAAUGGAGAAAAUGCCAAGGAAACACCGGACACUGAUAAAGCUGUGCAGCUCCACAGGCAGCCCUCACAAAAACCCCAUGGAUCCAUUUUAACACAGAGGAAUUCUAUGUUUUCACCUAAGAAUACCAAUUUCCUGGAUCUACCUGUUAGUUGGCCUUUACCAUCCGAAGAGGAAACAGGCGACCAGGACUUUCUAGGGGAAUACACUCAGAGUUCAGAGGUGCCUCAGUUGUAUUCUACUGAAAAACAGGUUGGUGUAUCCAGACCCACACAGAGCUCCACAGAGGCUGACGUCCUCAGUGACAGCCCCCAACCAAGAGGAUCUUCAUCACAAGUGGGACCAUCACAACCCAUCCAAGAGCAAACGACCAAACGACCAGCAAAGGAGUUUACUAUGGAUAUAAAUGGAUCCAUAUUGCGUUCUUCACAGCCUCUGGAGGACCAGCCAACUUUCUCAGCCGUGCACAAAGAAACAACCAAUAGCCAGGUACCAUUUCUUCUUUCUGGCCCACUUCCACCGGACAGCCCAGACCUGGAAUCCACUUUACCACUGUCUACUGGACCUGGGCCCAGUUUUGAACAACCCACUUCUUCAGCAGACACUAGCAGCUGGAGAUGGACCAUGACUCCAUCUGCUACCACACAGGAAAAGAUCCAAGGGAGGACUGUCCUAAUGAAUGACACAGGAAGUGAACUGAAGGAUGCUACAGGUCUCAUUUUACAAAAGGGAAGUGUCAACAUAGAGACAGAUGAAUCUAAGGAUAACGACUGGCAAGUCUCAAACACCAGUGCCUCACUAUCACUUGGUGGUAACCUGGACACAGCUCCAACACCCUGCAAAACGUCAAAUCAGUCAUGGAUGCCCACUGACCCAGAUGACUUUUCAUCCACUGAGUCCGUAUAUCCCUCUGCGGCUCUCAGCUUCGCCCUUUUCGUCCCUCUGUAUUCUGACUGGAACUCAGCCCUUGCCACAUGGGGACUGGCUUGGGAAGCACACAUCUAUGGCCUGGGGUCUGUCUUCAGUGUCUUUGGCCUCAUCUCUGUGGUCUGCCUCUUUGGUCUACCCCUACGCUGUCCACCAGGAAGCCUCUUUUUCACGCUUUUGCAUUUGUUCCUUCUUGCAUUUGCAGGCACCCAAGCUUUCUGCUUGCUCUAUGAUGCUUACAGUUACCAAGAUCGCCUUCCUCCUCUGGCCUCACUGCUGCUCUCAGCACUGCCCUUCCCCUGUUUGAUUGCAGCCUUUUCCUUGGCCUUUCUCCUUAUCUCUCUACGCUCACGCAUGCAUAUUUCUCUCCCACUUGCUAUUUCCGCCUCGUUCUCAACUCUGCCCAAACCUUGCCUGUUACUGUGUCUGUCCGUGGUACAUUUCGGAGUCUCCCUAGCAUGUGCAGGCAUACUUCAGCUUUUCCCCAGCCUCCCCACCAUGAUCCUCCUGUUACCUCAGGGUGUGUUUGUAUGCCUCACCAUUUUUCUCUCAUGCUCCUACCUCAUCUUCUAUUGCUUAAUGCGAGUGGACAAUAAGCAUAUCUACAGACUGAAUGACAAUGGAGAAAGUGGAGGGUCUCCUGAAGUGGUGCGACCUCCAAGUUGCCCCUUUGCAAAAGUGGAGGACUGGGGUAGGGCAGCAAGAGCAGGAGUAGGGGCUUCUCUGUGUUUGUUAGCAAGUGGAGGUCUACAGCUCUAUGGGAUCCUGCAUACCCUUGGCUUGGGUGGGGUUGAUGGCUUGGGGUUCCAGCCUUGGCCCUGGUGGGGUUUCCAGGUAGGCUGCAGGCUCAGUGAGAUUGGUGUUUGUCUAGGUUUGUCCCUUAUUGGAACACAUCCCAUAUUCUGUCACAGUAAUUCCUCCAUCAAGACCAUAAUUCAGCCCCGGCCAGGAUCUUGGUCCCGCCUUUCAUGUAGCUCCCCUUCUCGAGGACUUACUCUACCAUCUCAAGGAGAUGUGGGUUCUUCUGGCCUCUCCUCUCAUGAUUCCUGGUCCCAGAAUAAGCAGGAAAAGUUAGUGGUGUGUGAUGUCAUCACUAAAGGAAAGUCAGACACUCUUCCUCUCUGUUCCAUGGUGGACUCUCCUGGAAAUGGGCUGGACUGUGUCCCCAAAUCUAGCCAUACCCGAACUCCUGUACUACCAUUACCUAUACCACCAACUCCCCCACAAAGGCUUAAAAACAUAGCUGAGUCUCAUUUGUCCUCAGUGGAUAACCUAGGUUUGGCUGACUCCACUGUGGACCUGCGACCCCCAUCUCCCAUAGACUUGUCCCGCAGCAUUGACCAGGCUCUGUUCAGUGAAUCCCUGUUCUCUCACAGUAUAUUUGGAUGGCCAAGGCUAUUUCAUGGUUCUUCCAGUCUGUCCUUGAGUUCUCCUGGCCAAGGAACAUCAAAGCAAGAGUCAAGUCCUGUGGAAAAUGCUCUAUUCCGCACAUCCUCCUGUGGAGACAUGGAUGAAGAGAACACAUUAGCCACUUCAAGACCCUCCCAACCAUGUAGCUCUUUCACAUCUCACAACAAGCAACCAUUAUCACCAGAGCAAUCUGAUUGGAAGGGAAGUGUCUCUGGAUCCACCCAAGGUCUUUGCAGUAAAGCAAGGGAGACAGGAAAGCUGCGCUCUCAUUCUUGGGCUAACAGAGGACAAAACUUUACUCACAGCAGCCUUCCACGAGCGAUCCCCCACCUUUCUUACUACAGACGUUAUCGAACCUUGAGUUUAGCUUCCCAGGACAGCCAGGGAUCGGGCCGCCUGGCUGGAACAAAACAUUUGAGUGAAAGCAAACAGCUGGAGUGGGACCUAGCUGUCCAGGCAGAGUUUGUCAAUGUGUGCAGACAAAUUGAUGCUCUCAGUGUUUGCAGUGACACCAUUGAACUAUAGGAAAUCAGAGAGCUUAUGUUGAACUGGUCAAAAAUGGCAUCUGCUGAUUUAAACUGGAGAAAUUAAAGAUCCUGUACAUAAAUUUUAUGUCAAUUAUUUAAUUAACUAAUGUAAACAGGAAUGAUCAUCACAACAUCUAAAGUAAACUUGACCUUUUAAAUCAACAAAAUCCCAUAUUUUAUUUUAAAAGGGGAGCCUGAUCAGACUCUCGGCUUUAAUGCUGUUCUCCUCUUUGCUGUAAUCAUUUUAAAAUAAUUUGUUGUUAAGGAGAACACAAAAACAAGUCGCACUACUGAUUGUGAGGAUCAGCUCUCUUUUGCCAAAGAGUGCAACUGUUACCACAACAAUCACUUUGAGCAUAUUGAAAAAUGAAGCUCAUAUUUAGGAGAGACAAAAAAAUAAGAAAAUGAGGUCCAACAAAACUUAUCUUCCAAAAGAAAUAUGCUUGGUAGGAACUGAGCAUAUCUCCUCUUUUUUGACAUAUGGCUUAAGAUGAUUCAACUAAGGAGUAAACAAUACAGAAUUGUCAGUGUGUUGCUUAAUGCUGUUUGUGAAUCCUUGAAGUGAAUGUGAAAAGGUGAUGUUUAUGUGUUUGUGUGCAAUUACAAGGAAAUGUAGGUAGCAUUGAAAAAUUCAUGGGAUGGAUUUUUUUCCCUUGUCUUUGCAAUGCCUUUCAUUGGUAUCUUGAUUAUAAUGUAAGUAGCCACUGUGUUGUAACAAUUGAACUGUAUUAUAAUACUAUGUAUUUACUACCGAAUGGGGGCAAACUGGACAGUAUGGAUGUUCUUAUACCUGCUGGAUAUUGAAAUAGAUAAAGGUACAAACUACAUUGCCUUCUAAGUAGCUGAAUUUGUAAUGACGGAAUUACAGUUCUUACUAUCUAUCACUACUACUAUUACUACUGUAUUUCUAAUAGAUAUAACACAAUCUGGAAACAAUAUCAAAUAGCCCUUGAAAAAAUUAUCUUUAUUCAAUGCGACAUUAUUUACAGUAGAAAUAUACUUUUCAAACCUCUUAGUGACUGUUGGAGGAGGAGAAAAUUAUCUUGUCUGGGGUAAAUGUAAACUACAAGAAUAUGGCAAGGGAGCAUAUUUGAUUUGUAAAUGAAAUGGAAGUUGUUUCAAAAAUAUCCAACAUGA